CGUUAUGUUCAAUUGAAAAAAGUAAGAUUGAUAUUAUAUUGCAGAGAUCCAAAUGUGAAUGAGAGAGGAAACUGCAGAGAAAAAUUCCUUCAAAUAUUUGAUUUUCAAAGAAAAGGUGAAAAAAAAUUACCAUAAAAUAUAGUCAUAGAACACCAUAUUUUUAUUGAUGAUGGGCACAUGGGCUGCGCUGCAAAUGGCGAUUUGUGUAUAUAUAUUUGAUGGUUACUAAGACAGUUUGAGAUACGCCCUCCCAUGUACUGUGAUCUUCACUUGCAGUGCUGUUUUCCUUUGUAAUCUCUCGUCAAAUCUUAUCUUUCUUUGAAGGUGUCUGUACACAGAAUUUGAUUAGUUCUUUUACUUGGGAAUUCAAUUCUGUUGGGUUUGUUUGUCAAAGAAGAAAAGGAAAUGGAGAGUAAGAGACAAGUUGGUUCGUCUUCCUCAUUUACUGCUGAUCUUUUUGGUUCCCAGGAGUCAUCAUCAUCAUCGCCAUCAAAAGGGAUUUUCAGUUCCAUUUUUCCACCUCCACCUAUGGUGGGAGGGAGGAACUAUUCAAGCUCUAAGGUGCUAGAAUCUUGGCCAAAACAGCCUUUAGAAGGUUCAGCUUGGAGACACGGAGUGCAAGCUUCACUUGCUGAGAGUGCAAACUAUAACAUUCCCAACAAGGACAGGAACUCUGGUUUUCAGGAAGGAAGGGUGGAACCGUGCCAUUUAAGUUCAUCUCUUUACUAUGGUGGUCAAGACAUAUGUUCCCGUUCCUCCAUUACCCAGUCGUCUACAUCAUACCCCAUUUUUAAGAAAGAUGGAGGAGGAGAAGACCCUGAUGGAACCAAUUCACAGGAUGCUUCUAGAGGAAACUGGUGGCAAGGUUCGCUUUAUUAUUAGAUCCUAGUUUUCCAAUGCAUAUGAAUUCUUUAUCAGUUUGCCAAGGAAUUCAUAAAAGCAAGCAAAUAAUCAUGGAAGACAUGAAGCAUAAAUAAAUUCUGGCACUUAGGAUUUCAAAUCCUUUCUGUAAUACAGUAUCUUUUCUCAUAAUUUUAUCUGAAAAUGAAUGUUGAGAAUCCAUCACCA